AUGGAUAACGAACCAAAAAUCAUUAAAAAGAUCUAUGUUUAUCCUGAAACUUCUAUUCAAUAAAUGAAAUAAGCUCAAGAAUAUUAAUGGAUUAAUACAUAAUUAUAUUAAGAUCAAAAUAUCUAAAAAUUAAUGGAUAUGUGUUUCUCUCACUAAAUGUAAUAAAUUCUACAUCGUUUUGAUUUUGAAGAUUUUCAAUAACCAUUAAGAGAGGUUUAAUAUUUGUUAAAAGAUUUAAAAGGAAAAUUUAUACCAUAACAAAAAAAUAAAAUAAAAGAAUCUUAGAUUUACAAAAUACCUAAUAAAAAAACCAAUUAACAUUAAAGAACCUAAUUAUUAGCCUCAAUCAAAUCUAAACUUACAUAAAUGGUUUAAGAAAGUAAAUUAUUUCCUUCAUUAAUUAACUUUAUAAAACUUGAAUAAGAUUAAUAAAAUUAUCAAUUCAAUGUUUGUAAAUUAGGACUCCUAAAUGAUGCAGCUGAAAUCAUGUUAUAAUGUGGUCGUUUUGGAGUAUUAAAUGCUUAAAUAAAGAAUCCUUAAAAUUUAACAAUUACUGAUCUUCUUUUAGAAUUAUUUAGAUAAUUAAAUCAUUACAAUAUAGUUGAUGAUAAAGAAAUAGCUGAGGAAGUUUGGUUUUCAUUUAAUAGAGCUAAAAACAAAACUCAUCUAGCUGAACUCUUAAGUCACGAAAUAGCUUAAUAAUUAUCUUAUAAAGAUAUGGAGAUUUAACGAGAAAUUUUAAUUUUAUAAGGUACCAUCUUAAAAUUGAACUUUAAUGCAUAAUUUCUUAAUAAUUAAAGAGAAAAAAUAAUCAAAGUCCUUAGAAAAAGAGUACAAGUCUAAUUAUAUCAUGAAUGUUAAGUACGAAAAAUAGCCUAACCAGAAAUAUUGCCAAAUCUUACUUUAUCUGUAAAACAAUAUAGAUCAACUCAUGGAGUAUUUUGUGGAUGUGCUCUCUAAUUUCCUAUUGUAAUGAUUAAAAAAUUUAGUAUUACUCCAGGAUUAGAAGAUGUUUGUAAGAAUCUCUGUUUAAGCAUACUUUAAAAUUUAGAUACAAUUAAUUUUUGUUUAGCUAUUACAUAUGAAAAAUAUUUAUCUUCUAGAUUAUACAAAUAGCAUAAUACAUUUUAAGUAAGAACUAUAAUUUAAAAUGCCUUAGAAGAUAUAAUUCUAAAGAUGUAAUCUGAUAUCAAUCUUUGUAAAUUCUUAAGGUUAGCUGUACUUGAUUAAUAAUUUAUUAAAUUCUACAAUCUAUUACAUAGAUACAACAUGGUAAACUAAAAUGAUAACAGCAUUCCAAAUGAUAAAAAAGAUCAGACUAAUUAAUUAAUAUUAACUGCUGUUCAUUGUAUUUUAGAAAAAGUAAAAAAUUUAUAGUUAGAAAAUAAUAUUGUUGAAUAGAAAUACGAAAUUAAUCUUCCACCCGAAAAGAUAAUAAAAGUUAAUAUGAAAAAACAUAAAAUGAAUUAAUCAGAGAAAUUACUAUUUUAUAUAAAAUUAAUAGCAAGCGAUUUGAAUAAAUUAAAAAUACCUCUAUUUGAAAUUAUCUAUUAUAUUACAGCCAUUAAUAAUAAGUUUUAAUUUAGAAAUGAUUUACAACCUAAAAGUACAAUUAGAUUUUUUACAUAUCCACAUAUAAUUUAUUAUGUUGAAGAACUUUAUGGUGUAAAGACAAUAGUUGAAUGGGAAUCUCAGAUGUCAUGUGAAAUAGAUUAUUUUAGUUUAGCAAAUUUAGAUUUAUUAAUAGAACUAGAUGAUGAUUAAAUUAUUGAAUAAUAAUUAACAAUUAUGGAGAGAAGUCUUAAAAGAGAUAGAGCUAGAUAUUCUUGGGCAAUAGAAUAUGUAUCUUAGAAAUGCUAGGAAUUAUUGUUGGAAACUAAACAAUUACAGAAAUGUAAAAUUAAAAAAUGUAUAGAAAAUUUAUAUUUUGAAGUGAAAAAAUAAAAAUGA